GAAUGGAGCUCUAGAUCCUUUUGGCGCGAGCGCGCGCCUGGCAGCUUGGCUGGCUGAGCUAAAAUUAGCCUCGUGCCGGAUUUUUCUGUCUGCGUGCGGCAAGCGGCGGCAGCAGCAGCAUAUGUGGAUCCGAAUCCGUAUUAACGAGGGUCUACACUCACGCACGGAUGUCUAGGCACGCGCUCAUACAUGCUAACGGUGAAUAGGACACCAGCUUCCACCGUGCCGUGCCCCAGGACGUCAUGCACCACUUUUGGAGAUGCUCUAAAAAUAGAAUUUGUUGAUGAUGGUUUUGACUGUGAUGAAAUUGAACAUCUUCUGCAUCCGGCAUCUUUUAGCUAUGAUUCUCUCCCUGGCCGCAGUAGCAGCCAUGAGCAGCGGCAGCGGCAGCAGCCUCAACUCCUCCUCCCCCCUCGACCCCUUCGACUCCUCCACCUCGUGGAGUCUUGCCGAGGACCCCUCCAACUCCUCCUCUGAACCCGUUGUGCGAACUCUGACCCCUGACCUCCAGCCAGCCACCACCGCUGUUGCCAUCCAGGAAGUCAACCCCUGGGAUAUCGCGCUUUGCGUGACAGGGACUCUCAUCUCCUGCGAGAACGCUCUGGUGAUCGCUGUGCUGUUCUACACGCCGACGCUCCGCGCUCCCAUGUUCAUCUUGAUUGGAUCACUGGCGGUGGCAGAUCUUCUGGCCGGCCUGGGCCUCAUCUUGAACUUUGUCUUCACCUAUUUGGUCGACAGCUCGGUGGAGUUUGUGACGCUGCUGUCGGUCGGACUGCUCAUCUCGGCGUUCUCUGCAUCUAUCCUCAACAUUCUAGCCAUCACGGUGGACCGCUACCUGUCGCUGUACAACGCCCUGACCUACCACACUGAACGGACAGUUACCUACACCUACUUGAUGGUGGCCCUCAUCUGGGUGCUGUGCCUCACGCUCGGCUUGCUGCCGGCGUUCGGUUGGAACUGUCUGCGGGACGAGUACACGUGCAGCAUCUGCUGGCCCGUCACGAAAAUCAAUGCCGUGGCGCUCGCCGUCACCUUCCUGCUCGUCUUUGCCUUGAUGAUGCAGCUCUACCUUCAAAUCUGCAAGAUCGCCUUCCGCCAUGCGCAGCAGAUCGCCGUGCAGCAUCAAUUUGUGGGCAUCUCCACCACCAAAGGUGUUUCCACACUGUCGGCCAUCCUGUGUGCCUUUGGGGCGUGCUGGCUGCCGUUUGCCAUGUACUCCAUCGUGGCCGACUCAAGCUACCCCAUAAUAUACACCUACGCCACGGUCCUCCCAGCCACCUGCUGCUCUGUGAUCAACCCCAUCAUCUAUGCGUUCCGAAACCCGGAUAUCCAGAAGUCGCUGUGGUUGGCCUGUUGCGGUUGCGUCCCGUCCAACCUCUCCCUCAGACCAAGGACCUCCAGUGAUGUGUAGCAGGAGAAGGUUGGUUUCUGUCUGGCAUGAUGCUCGACACCAAAUCAGGGUAGUAGGAAGAAGAGGACGAACUGGGAACAAGAGAUCAGGAGGUGAAAGGUAAUGGCUGAGGAAAGAGAUUUCCUCUACUCUUCAUAUCAGGGCUGGUAGGCUGAUGGCAAACGCCUGGCUGGCCACAGUAAAAGUGGUGGUGGAACAUGUAGAAGCGAGGACAGUGCAUGGUCAAAAAAAAAUAGAGCUAAUACAGAUCAUGUGGCUCGGAGAAAACCAACAGAGGAUGGAUGAAUUGUGAAACCAACUGCAAAACCCUGAUUGAGAUUUCCUCGUGGUGAUUGUAAGAGAGGCUGGGGUGCGUCUUUGGACUUUUUCCACUGAGAGGAGUAAAGCCUACUUCUCAAGAAUAGCAUAUAUGUGACGGCCGGGUUUAGGAAGAAAUGUCCUCAAAUCUCAAUAGGACUUAAACUUCAGCAACACUGCAUGGUUAUGCAAUCCGAAGGAGGGAAAACGUCUUAAAAUACCGUAUGUGUUUUAACUGAUGUGUUUGAAAUGAAGUGGCGUGUCGAUAAAAUCACAAUGAGCUAAAUAUAGACAACGAAUGACCUUGAUUAUUCUUAAUGAGCUAUCUUUAAAGGCAUCUCCUGACAGGAAAAAACAAGAAUAUUUCCUCCCUUGGAACAUAUUGUUACAACGAUGUUCCCCAUGAUCUGAUGCAGAUUCAGUAAUAAGAGAGUUCAUAGACAGAGAGUGCAACAAUAAUUCAUCUACAUGUGCUGAGAUUGAAAUUAGAUGGUGUUCAUUGACAUUGAUAGUCUACUGGGCUCAUUUUCCCAACGCCAACAGCACAAACUGCGUCUUGUCAAGCACAUUUUGCACAAGUGCAUGAAGUUGGCAAAAAUUGAGAGAAACAGCUCCUAAUCACAACCCUGAAAAUUAAAUCUAAUCCACACGGCUCCUAAUGCAUAGAUAACACUGCUAGUUUGCAAAACCUAGAGAGGGAUUUCCAAAUUGGGGCCACCGUGUCUUUCCUUGAUUUGUAGAAAUCAAAUCUGCUCCCCGUCUAAGAAAAGCGGUUUUCUCAGCCAGCUGGUGUGCCGUGACUGUGAAGCAGAGAGAGCUGAAUUCAGCACCAAGGACAGCGCCACUGCAGGGCGCAGCCUGCUACCCUGGGAAUGCUCUCUGCGGCGGGGGGAGGUGGAGGUGGGGGGGCGACUGCUGGAAAGUAGGCUACGCUGUGCUCUACACCAUCUUGAUAGGGAAUGUGAGUUGGGUUUUAAAGGGCCGUUCCAGUGGAGUUUGAUUGCUCACUUGCUACACAUUCAAUGUCAAUUGACUGUUUUUUUCAUGCAUACAUGAUGGCUUUAGGUAUUUUGAAAAUCAUGUUUGCUAGAACUGCAUAAUUUACCUGAUUCAGUGCUGAAAAGACAAACACAACAUCAUGAUAUGUCUAAUUUGGCCAGUGAAGGUAGACUAUCACUGUGACUCAGAGAGCAGCGUUUAUUUCUGACGAGCUGCACAUUUGAAAUCACUUCCAGUUUCUGCUUGUAAGCAAGACCACCAGGAAGGAUAUCCAACAGUAGCUAAUGUCAAACAAAAGUCAAUCGAGACCAAUCAAAAUGCUUUCACCAGCUAUUAUGUGGAGUGGAAUGAAAUGGUAACUCCUCAUUUUACACAUUAGCCGGUCCCAUUUUUAUAAAAAAGAUAUUUACUAAUACAACAGUUACAAUGAAGGCAAUAAAACAGUGAACAUCAUUCUACAAUGAAGUUUAAAAAAGCGAGGGUCUACAAAAAAUGCCUCCAGCCAUGCCCCAAUUAUCCUAAAUAUCCUCUUGAGGUCCUACAGCGAGACUACGACUCUGUUCUCUCUACCCUCCAUCGUUCUCUGGCCUCUCUUGUAUCUCAGCAGCACAAAUUAUGCAUGAGAAAAGCAAUGUAUGGCCCCAGGAGUGCCAGUAAAGCAAGCCUUCUGACAUGUGCAAGGUGAAAGCAGCUGCUGUUUUUCAGACGCAAAGGGGACCUCGGCGUUUAUCUGCAUCUGCAGAACGCCUUUUCAGCUCUAAAUUUAGAGACGGCAUUCUAACUCCAUUGCCCGAUUGAUUAUUCAUUAGCUAGAGGAAGAGCUGAGCACAAUCCAUAUUGAAUAGGUCAUUUUUCAUGUAGAGGGCUUUGGUUACCUAGAGUACGUUCAAGUUGAAAAACUCUAGCCUGGAUGUUAUUUCCAUUGCUAUGGAAUAAUAAACACACAUUCAAUACUUUAGUGCCAUUAUAAGGAAUAUUCAAGGAAAAUGGCAAAAAAGCCGAUAUUAACAUGUAUUCAAAAAUCUAUAAUAAUAAUACUGUAAAACAGAUGGUCUAAAUUCUUCUGGCUUGUGCUUUACGCCUUCCAUUUUCCUACUGGCGGUAGCUAGGAUAAUUGACUGACUGACACACACACACACACACACACACACACACACACACAUUCUCUCUCUCUCUCUCGAAUAAGCAGUGCAGCUCUUCCCCGGGGCCCCUCUGAAGGCUCGGCAGGUUAAUGAGAAGCGAGAGAGGCGAGAGAGGCGAGGUGACGUGGCGUGAAAUAGAAACGCCAGGCGAGACGCGCUUUAGCGUAACCUCAGGUCACGUCCACCACACACCCAAUCAGGAGGAAGUCAUUUCCCACUGAAAGGGCAUCAUGUAAGUUAAAUCCAGCUAAUGUUAAUAACAACUCCGUAAUAAUGGCGCCGGGAAUUGGCCUAAUGUACAGAGGAUGUAGUGAGGAUGAGCAGGAGAGGGGAUUUAUUGCCAACCUCUAUCUGCAUUGAAAUGAUCUACAGAGAUAGUUUUCACUUGUGUUCCUCUGCACAACCUCACAGAGAGGACCAUGACUAAGCUGUUGGCAUGCUGCUAAUAUACAUGAGUGGGAGGUGUUCUGGCUUUGGGAAAAUAGUUCAUGGAAACUGCACUCCAGUUUCAAUCUAUAAAAGUCACUCAACUCAAUACUAGAAAAAAAAAAAAUACACGUUGACAGAGAGUCUCUUCCAAAUUCAACGCUUUCUACCAAAUAAACCACAACAAUAGUCAACAGCAAAGAACACACUUUAAAAAAUGGCGCUCAGGAGAAGCAGGUAUUAUUUUUUCUAUAGUGUAAAUUAAAACUUAGUGUAGAAUUCUUUUCUAUUUUCCUCGGGCAGCAGCAAACAAUCAAUUGUUGUUUUGUUGGCAGAACAAUCGUUUCACUUACUCUGUCCAUGUUUGUACUUAAAAGGCAGAGUCUCUUGUGUUUUUCGUUUUUUUUUUGGCCUUAUUGAAACAAAAACUCCUUUGCAAUAAUGUCCAACUUUAUUUUGAUGUGUAUAAAAAGCCACAAUGGAGAAAAAAGAGAGAAAGAAAGACGGAGGUGGUGGGCUGAAUGGUUUGCAGAAUAACUCAAAGUCAAUGUCAAAGCAACAAAUAGCACAUCGUACUGUAUUUUUGGGAAUGAGGCCUGACUGGCUGGUGGGUUUUUCUCUUUUUAAAAGACAUUUCAGCAGGAGCUGAAUCAUGGAAGUAGGACAAACCUAAAUAUGAAGCCAAUGCUCCAUUUCCAUUUAUAGACGGUGUUUUGGAGCCAAAUUUCUUGCCAUACUUUUUUUCUCACUAAAAUAAGCUUUAUUUUCAUGUUCGCAGUAGCUUCAUUAGUGUUAGAUGUCUAAUUUUAUAAUACACGAGUUAAAAAACACACAUCUGAAAGUCACAGCUGUUAAACAAGUUGACCACCUCCCUCUCUCACUCUCUCUCUUUUUACUCAAUCAACGCAUUGACGGAACUGCCUAACGCUAAAAGACUUGCAUCAAUUAUUAAGUGAAAUACUUUAAACUACUCUGAGGCUGAAACAUGAGACGGAUGGAGUUUGGUACUUUUGGCAAGCUUGGUGAACUGCAGCACUGUGGGUGACGUGACUCACCACACUACUCGAUCCCAGAGAGAUAAUUAAAUCCAUUUCACGUAGGAAUCUGAUGCAGAUGGCACACAGUUCUCCUCCUGUACGCACAAUGAUAUGUGACACUUGCUUAGUCACCUGUGUUUGGAGAUGCUAGAUGGGACACAGAUUACACUUUUAGGCGAGGCCAGUGUCACAUCCGGCACAGUUUCUAUAAAACAGCCAUGUACCUGAUGGGGAAUCUGCACUAGCUUGGCUAAUGCUUAGCUAUUUGAUGCAGCUUUCAAGCGGUCCCUCUGUUUUACCUCCCGAUUAUAAUUUGAUCAAACUCAGAUUCAAUUGGGAUCGUGAAUCAGAUUUGGCUUAAACAGAAAUGGAUUUUCGUGGAUUCUUUCAGCCUCCGUUGGCGACAGAUGGCCGCGCCCUACAGCGGAUCUCAAUGACAAAUGUCAAAAGAUUUUAAUCAUGGGAAGUCCCCAGCUUUUGGCUCCAGUUAAAGCUCAGUCACACAAACUCUUAAAAUGUAAAAAUAUCCCAGCAAAAUCUAUUUAUUUCAAUGGAAUCGGUGCAAUCAGAGUAUUCCCUCAUAAGGAUUGCUGCACCAUUCACUUUUAUUUACCUCUCCUCUGAUAGAGCAUAAACAGAGUUAACAAACCUUUUUUUUUACAAUAACUCUAUUCAAUGAAAUGACUUACAAUCCAAAAGACAAAAUGUCAGGGGGAACAUACAGCACAGUGCAGAGAAAGAGAGGGCAGUCAACACCAUGAAUGAUAGCUGGAAUGGAAAUGCUGUAUGUUGUGCAGAGAAAGGAAAAGUAAAGCAGAAGGGUUUGGGUUCACUAAAUACUUCAAAGACGGGAGAAAUUAGGAGAAUCAAUCCAGAUACGGUUACUAAAGUUGGCGUCUGUUGUCGUUUGGAGAGGAUUGGAUAUCGAGAACCGGUGCCAUCUUGGAAUUGUUUAAAAAAUCAUGAUUCCAAUGAAAUCUUUUUUUCAUUAUUGGAAUCAUUCGGAAAAUUUGGUUUAGAAUACGAUUCAGGGUUCCAAAUUUAACACGGGCAAGUUCUGAUUUCAGUAGAAACCACCGUACUUCCUGGCGUUUGUUGCGUUGCAGCCAUGGAGCACAGUAAACGGCGCUCUAGUGGGUAUUUUACAUUGAAAACGCCCGGUGGAACUGUAAAUCAACAUUGAAUCUACACAUUGUUUCGAGAGAACUGGCAUUGAAAGGAAGAAUCGGAAUUGUUAAAAUCCAAACGAUGCCCAACCCUACUUUCAGAUGAGUCAACAUCAAUGUGACGGUUGGUAUCCUGACUAUCAUCGAAGAGGACAUCAGUCCAUUCUUUGAGUGGAUGUCAGUGUUUCUAUAGUUUAUCAAAUCGCUCCAAAAGGGGACCCGACGAUAUUGUUCGCCGCUGCCGUUGUCGUCAAUGAUAGUUGUGUCAUGGGCUCUGCCGUCCACUUGAGUUUGAACGAUUAAAAAAAAAAAAAAAAAAGGAUACAUUUUUAGAUUGCUCUUGGUGUGGACGGCCCUUUGUUGUUACCAGCAAGCGCUAGUAUAUUCUCAGCUAGCUUGCGAGUUAGCAGUUAGCUCACCAAGUGUCUAGAACCAAAUACUUAAAUAUUUGGCCUUAACACUUUCAGGUGUGAAAUGUCCUUUAAAGGUGAAGUCAGUUUUACUUGGAUCAAUGGAUAUGUGGGAUGAGAAGAAUGUUUGACUUCUAGUCUUCCUUUUAAAACCUGCUGAGAAAAAACUU